AUGGGUUCGUUGCAAUGCCGAACUCUGACGGCCCCAGCAAAUGGAUUUCUGAGUCCAGUCGGAGCGAACUCCUACCAGGACGUGGUUACGUUCACCUGUGACCAGGGAUACAAACUGGGCGGAGCCUCUAGUGUGACGUGCCAGGCCGACCGAACAUGGAGUGCACCUGUUCCAACUUGCCAACCGUUGCAAUGUCCAACUCUGACGGCCCCAGCAAAUGGAUUUCUGAGUCCAGUCGGAGCGAACUCCUACCAGGACGUGGUUACGUUCACCUGUGACCAGGGAUACGGACUGGACGGAGCCUCUAGUGUGAGGUGCCAGGCGGACCGAACAUGGAGUGCACCUGUUCCAACUUGCUACCCGUUGCAAUGCCGAACUCUGAUGGCCCCAGCAAAUGGAGCUCUGAGUCCAGUCGGAGCGAACUCCUACCAGGACGUGGUUACGUUCACCUGUGACCAGGGAUACGGACUGGACGGGGCCUAUAGUGUGAGGUGCCAGGCGGGCCAAACAUGGAGUGCACCUGUUCCAACUUGUCAACCGUUGCAAUGUCCAACUCUGACGGCCCCAGCAAAUGGAUUUCUGAGUCCUGUCGAAGCGAACUCCUACCAGGACGUGGUUACGUUCACCUGUGACCAGGGGUACGGACUGAACGGAGCCUCCAGUGUGACGUGUCAGGCGGACCGAACAUGGAGUGCACCUGUUCCAACUUGCUACCUGUUUGCCCGGGUAAACGUCAGCCUGAUGCUAACAGCACCCCGUCAUGUGAACCUGUCUUUACUGAGAGACCCCAUAAGGCAGAGUUUGGAGCAGGCUGGUGGGUUCUGUGGAGAUCAAUGCAAGAUCGGUGAGAUCUUCCUGCACGUUGUUUCCGACACAAACGGGGCCCGCAAGAGGCGUCAGGCUGGUGACCAGGUUCUGAUCAACGUGAUUAUACAGCUCAUCGUGGUGGUCAAUCAACAGCAGGGUACCGGUGACACCACGGAUGCAACAGUGACAGCCGAGAAUCUACUGCAACAGAACGCAUAUGCCCUGAGACAACUAGCUAGAAGUGGUCAACUGUCCGUGGACAUCGGUGGAGAACACAUCCGUCUUGUGGACAGCAGCGACAGCUCCAGUAACUGUCCUUCUGGUCAAUACAAAAGUAAUGGCAACUGUGGUAAGUGGUGA